GGCCAGCGGGGGGCGGUAAAGGCGCAGACAGGCCCUGUUCAGGAAGCGCUCCGGGGGCUCAUCAACGGUACAAUGGCGCCUCUGGACCUGGAUAAAUAUGCGGAGAUCGCAAAGCAGUGUAAAUACCUCCCAGAGAACGACCUCAAGAGAUUAUGCGACUAUGUGUGUGACCUACUGCUGGAAGAAUCCAACGUCCAGCCCGUGUCCACCCCCGUCACAGUAUGUGGGGACAUCCACGGACAGUUCUAUGACCUCUGUGAGCUCUUCAGGACAGGCGGUCAGGUCCCAGACACAAACUACAUCUUCAUGGGGGACUUUGUGGACCGGGGGUAUUACAGUCUGGAGACGUUCACAUACCUGCUGGUCCUGAAAGCCAAGUGGCCGGACCGCAUCACCCUACUCCGGGGGAACCACGAGAGCCGGCAGAUCACACAGGUGUACGGCUUCUAUGAUGAAUGCCAAACCAAAUAUGGAAAUGCCAACGCCUGGAGAUACUGUACCAAAGUAUUCGACAUGUUGACAGUUGCUGCACUGAUGGAUGAGCAAGUGUUGUGUGUACACGGUGGUCUAUCGCCUGACAUCAAAACGUUGGACCAGAUCCGAACCAUCGAAAGGAACCAGGAGAUCCCCCACAAGGGAGCGUUCUGUGACCUGGUGUGGUCCGACCCGGAGGACGUGGACACCUGGGCCAUCAGUCCAAGAGGCGCCGGCUGGCUGUUUGGGGCGAAGGUCACCAACGAGUUUGUCCACAUCAACAACCUGAAGCUGAUCUGCAGGGCCCACCAGCUGGUCCACGAGGGCUACAAGUUCAUGUUUGAUGAGAAGCUGGUGACGGUGUGGUCCGCCCCCAACUACUGCUACCGCUGUGGGAACAUCGCCUCCAUCAUGGUGUUCAAGGACGCCAGCACCCGGGAGCCCAAGCUGUUCCGCGCCGUCCCUGACUCGGAGCGGGUCAUCCCUCCUCGCACCACCACGCCCUACUUCCUCUGAAGACCCUUAAUGACCCAGACCUCUGAAGACACCUUACUCACCCAGACCUCUGAAGACCCCUCACUGACCCAGACCUAUAAAGACUGCCCUCUGACCCAGACCUAUAAAGACCCCUCACUGACCCAGACCUAUAGAGACCCCUCACUGACCCAGACCUAUAAAGACUACCCUCUGACCCAGACCUAUAAAGACCCCUCACUGACCCAGACCUAUAGAGACCCCUCACUGACCCAGACCUAUAAAGUCUACUUGCUGACCCAGACCUAUAAAGACUACUCGGUGACCCAGACCUCUAAAGACCCCUCACUGACCCAGACCAUAAAGACCCCUCACUGACCCAGACCUUUGAAGACCCCUCACUGACCCAGGUCUAUAAAGACCCCUCAGUGACCCAGACCUAUAAAGACUACUCGCUGAACCAGACCUCUAGAGACCCUUCACUGACCAAGGCCUAUAAAGACCCCUCAGUGACCCAGACCCUAUAGACCCCAAAACCCAGAACAAUGGUACUGCCCUCUGUAUGUAGUAUCCUAGACCACCGCAUCUAAGAUGCAUAGCUCUACAUUUGUCUUGUAUUACAUACUGUAGUGUAGUAUAUUACAUACUACAGUAUAUUACUGUAGUAUAUUCCAGUAUAUUACUGCAGUGUAUUCAAUACUGCAUUUUAUUAAAUACUCUAGUAUAUCAAAUACUGUAGCAUAUUACAUACAUAGUAAAGGUUUAUAAUAUACUACAGUAUAUAUCUGAUACUAAGUAUAUGAGAUAGUAAUUCUACAGUAUAUGACACACUGUAGUAUCUUACAUACUGCUGUAUAUAACAAAUACUACAGGAUAUGACACACUAGUAUAUUGCGUACUGUAGUAUAUUACAUAUUAAUGCUACAGUAUAUUUCGUAAGUUGGAUCUCUGCAUUUUGUGCCAACUAUGAACAUCAAACUAGCACUGCAAGUAUUUUUUCGUAAUUGUCUCCCAAUCUCAAUAUGUUUGAGUCGUCAAUGUAAUUGAUAGGCUCAUUAAAGUGUGUCGCCAAUUGCCAAGGCUAUGUAAAUGUUACAGAGAAACUUCAUUCAAAAGGAAAUAAGACGACCGUUAGUAUAAAAUGAAACAUUAUGAAGAGUGGUUGAUAUGUUUAUUAGGUAAUAUAUAAAUAUAAUGUUUUAUUUUAUUUUUGUUAUGGCAAUGUAUUGUUUGUAAAAUAAUGCUGACUGCACUGCACAAAGCCAAUGAGCUUUUAUUCUGAUGGGCGUAUUGUUUUAGCUGAAUGUACACGUCUGGUAUUGUGUUCUUAUAAAUAAACAUGUCAACCAAA